CGCUUAUAAAAUCACUAAAACCCUCUCACGCAAUCUUUUUCUCUCUCUUUCCCUCCUCUUGCUCCCUUGUUCUCGCGCUUCUUCGAGAAUCAAGAUCUAAAGAGAAAAACAAAAAAAACUUAUUCAACAAACCCUAGAUUCUUUAAGGGAGGCGAGAGACCGAAUUUUCCAACUACUUUGUAAACGCUCGUAUCGCCUCACUUUCUAAUAUCCAAAUCUUCAUUUCAGGGGUUUUGAUUGCUUUUGUGAGAUCAAGAACUAAGAGUAUUGAUGGCAUCAACGGUUCAGCCAGCUACAGCUCCUGCUGAUGUUGUGGGAAAUGCUUUUGUUCAUCAGUACUACCUUAUUUUACAUCAAUCUCCAGAGCAUGUUCAUCGAUUUUACCAGGAUAUUAGUAAGCUUGGUCGACCAGAGGAAAAUGGGGUCAUGAGUAUUACAACCACUAUGCAAGCUAUCAAUGAUAAGAUACUUUCACUCCAUUAUGGAGAUUUCAGCGCUGAAAUAACAACUGUGGAUGCACAAGAAUCUUACAAUGGGGGAGUUCUUGUUCUUGUGACUGGGCAUUUGACAGGAAAGGACAAUGUGAGGCGGAAAUUUACCCAGAGUUUCUUCCUGGCACCUCAGGAAAAAGGCUACUUUGUUUUGAAUGAUGUUUUUAGAUAUGUAGAUGACGCCAACUAUGAUGGGAACCAGGCUUCUGUUAAUGAUGUUGAAGCUCCUAUUUCUCCUGUCCAAGAUGACUCUUUAGUGCAGGGAACUCAAGUUUCUGAUCAAACAGCUGUUUUAUCUGAGGAAGUCAAUGUGGAGGACGUUUUUUAUCCCACGGAGAAUGGGAAUGGCACAAUCGAAGAAGAGGAGACACCAGUACCUGAGGUUGUUGAUGAGGUUCCAGAUGAUAUACAUAUGGUUGCUGAAUCUAACUCUAAAAUUGAAGAAAUGCCAAAGAAGUCCUAUGCCUCAAUUGUUAUGAAGGACAGUGCUGUCUCUACCUCAUCCCCUCCACCGUCUUCUCUAAGAUCUAUAAUGAAGAGCCAGGAGCAACAAGCUCCCUCUGCUUCACCUCCAACUCAGGCCUCAGAGAAACCUGUUUCCAGUGUCACUGCUUCUGAAAAUGGGAAUAACCUAGAGGGUGGAGCGGAGGGUCCAUCUAUCUAUCUUAAAGGUCUGCCUGUGAGUGCUACACAUUCCCUUGUUGAGAAUGAGUUCAAGAAAUUUGGAACUAUAAGGAGUGGUGGUAUUCAAAUUAAAUUCCAAAAGGGAUUUUGUUUUGGCUUUGUUGAAUUUGAAGAGGAAGUUGCUGUGCAAAAUGCAAUUGAGGCGUCUCCUAUCUUGAUCAAUGGACGACGAGUUGCUAUUGAACCAAAGAAGUCCACUCGAGGGGGAAAUAGGGGACGGUUUUCAUCAGGAGGUGGAAAUGGAUACAGGAAUGAAGGAGCAAGAGGGCGUGGAAACUAUGGAGCUAGCAGAGGCUAUGCCCGGGGUGAUUUUGGUAACAGAAACGAGUAUGAAAACAGGAGUGGCAGUAGGGGAGGAUUUUCUAACCGUGCAGGUGAUGGAUACCAGAGGAGUGAUCAGAUGGGGGGCCCUGGUGGUCGUGUGAACCGAGCUAGCAGGAUGACUGUUAAUGUGGCAGCUAAAAAUGUAGCACCCGGAGUACCUGCUCCUGCAUGAGGAAAGCAUGAUUUGGGAGGGACUUGGAGAGUCUGCAAAGAUAAUUUUCUGUUGGUAGUUUAGUAAUUUGGCAAGUUGUUUAAUAGGUUUAAGAGGAAGGGUAUGAUAUUGUAGUGGGAUCAAAUACCGGAAAUUUCUUUAGGAUUUUAUUAUGGAGCUUAGCCUUCUUUGUUUUUUUUUUUUUUUAAAAGCUAUUAUGAGUGGCUUUGGGUGAAUGGUGGUUAAUUUUGUUUGGUAUUCAUAUAUCUAGUACCCUGGGGAAAUAUAUGGUGGGAUUUUACUUUUUCGUGAUCA